AUGCCUGACAUAGAUCCAGCGGCGCUCAGCCGCCCUUUGGUCGCGCAGACGACCCCCGUCCUCAAAACGAUCACCGUCUCCUCCUCAUCCAUCCCAAAAGUCACAAAGUCGAGCCACUUCAUUCCUGCACGUAUAGACCUCGAACCGCUAUACUCCGCACUCAAAUUUGCCAUCGGGCCCGAACAAUGGACUCUGUACAAGGAGUCCAUCUCAAAAUUCAUACUUGGUCAGCUCAAUCAACAAGAGUAUUCGGAUCGUGUAGAUCCGAUUCUCGCGACACUGAAUGGCGACAGGUAUCACCUCCACAACCAGCUGAUUGCAGCCAUAUAUGGAAACCUCACCAGGGAGAUGCCCGACCAGGGGCUUGCACCAUGGGUUUCUGCUAAUGACAAACCCACCGCAAACACUGGCGCCAAGCCUGUGACUGGUGAUGCCGCCGAGCGGAGACUCAAGGGAGAGGUUAUGCAACUGCCCAGUCGCGACCGGCGGCGGAUCAAAGACCUUGCGCAUAAUGAUUUUGAUCCAUUCGAGUCCAUGGCCAACAUGUUUGCUGAGCAUCACCGCGGCAAGACACAUCGCGCGCCGGAUGUUCCUCAGAGCGCUACAGGCUUAAAUAAGAUGAACUUUGAUUUGGAAAUCCGGAAGAGGUUCGGUCAGCCUUUGGGUGUAGAGUCCGGAGAAUUCCCUGACCAAGCAACAAUCGAGGCCCGAAUGCUGCCAAUGUGCUAUGAGAACGGCCUCGUCAGUGGCCAUACAAGUGAUGCCGCACAAUACUUGUCUGUGGCUGCCGAGACUUAUAUCAAGGAGUUUCUAUCCACAGUCUUCCGGCGAACGAAAAGCAAUGGCCCGGGCGACUCGAGCAGUGCCGGCUUUGGGUCCGGUGCGAGCUGGAUUCAGACACACAAGUACAAGAAGCAGCUCCGGCGGGAAGAGCAGGCUUUGGCAAGAGGCGAGCUUUCCCGAGACAAGGCCGGCCUGCUACCCGUCGAGGCACGUGCUGCUGGAGAGCGAGGUCCACUUGAUAUGGCCGAUUUGCGACUCGCUCUCGAACUCGGUGAUUGUGGCAUAGCCACGAUACCAAUCGUCACCAGGUCCAUUAUCUACGGCUACCGCGAGGGCGAGCUCGAUCACUGGAACAACUAUACAUAUAUCCAGGAUCAAACACCAGGUCCUUUCGAGGAAUUGAAUCUGGAGACGACCGCCCUAACGAAUGGCUUCCACGAUCCUGACGCCAUGGACGUUGACGCAGACCAGUACGGCUGGGAUGGUGGAGAAGCCCAGGAUGUCCAGUCGCUGGACAGCAUCCUUGAUUCGUGCCUGGCUCUAUGA